AUGUACAAGUCAGACAACCACCACCAUGUCGUCAACAUCGGCGGCGCCCAAUUCGUACCUCCCAUGAUGACGCAUUUUGCGCACGUUCCUCACCUCAACCUUUCUAUCUCGCCUUCCUCUGAGGCCUCCUCCUCUACUGCUUCUUCGCCGGUCCACUCUCGCUUCUCCUCUUCCUCAUCCUCGGCAUUUUCUGCCGCCGAGUCGCUUGAAGAAUGGGAUGCAGUACAGGCACACAUCGCCUACGCAAAACGAAUGGCAAACCACACUGCCGGCAUGUGGCAGAAGGAGCGUCUCGCUAUCGAGAAGGCCAAGCUCGAGGGAACCUACACGGGCAACGUCACAUCAAGGCAGAACGGCAAUGCAAGACCACCCGCAGACAAGCACGCUUCCUCCUCCGCCUCCACCAAAUCCUCAACAUCAUCCGACAAGAAGAGCCGAAGGCUUGCAAGCAUCUUUUCACUGUUCUCCCCAUCCGAGUCCGAGGCUCCUCGUGGCCGAUCCCGACGUCGCUCCUAA